GACCACCCAAUAGUAAGGGAGAAACCGAAAUCAAUGUUUUGUUUUCAAGUCACAACUGUUACCGGGAAUGUUGAAGCGAAAAAAGACUAAAUAGGUGUUAUUUUUUUUCUACGUUAUUAGAGCAAAUUUUUUGUGGCUAGUUAAUAGAAUGAUUUCUGAAAACCUUGAAGAAGAAAAAAAAUUUUUACUUAAAGUCAUCUCAUUACAAAUUAAUCCUUUGCUUCAAACCUUAUUGAAAGAACCCGCUAUGCCUGAAGAAAUCAUUCAACUCUAUAGCGACAUUAAACCACUUUCUUCCGAUUUUCAAAUGCUUCUGUUAAACUAUCGGCCUAGUCUUAUUUCCUUAGCGUGUAAAUCUGCGAAACGUAUCAACAGCUUAUGUUGGAUGAUGCUUCAUGCAGGCCCAUGGUUAUUAGUGUCUAUGUUUUGGAGAAGGUUGUAUGCAAUGUCGUGUUUAUGCCUUUGCGUUUUGAAUUCAUUAAAGUGGUGGGACAUUAUUUCAGCUGACGUAAAAAAGAAAAUAGAUCCAACUAUUUCUUUAUUACUUCCAGAGGAACCUACUUCAACAAGUGACCUUGCCUUGUUUUCACUGAAGGCGGCUUUUCAUUAUGCGGAUAUGGGACUUAUAAUGGGAGGAUAUUUUUCAGAAAAGUGGCGUCUCUCGAUCUCCACGAACAUUGAAAAAGAUUCCGUUUCUUUACAACGUCAAGAAAUUUUUAACCGACUUGAAUUUUCGUUAGAAACCAUUCCUUAUUUACUCCAUAAUUUUUUUAAUAAUCAACUUUGGCAAGACGCAAUGUCUUGCCACCCUAUCAAACGGCCUGAUUCAUUGCGAAUUCCCCUUUUGUUUCACAUUUUUCAAACGCACACAUCAUUUUAUUCAUUUGAUUCAAAAGUCAUUAAAACGGAUAUUUUUCCAGAUAUUCUAGAUACACACUAUACUACCGCGUUCUAUAUAUUUUCUGUUGAUUUCUCCACAUUAUUAUGGAAAGUAGAAACAAAAUGUUAUAAGGUUUUGGCAACACAAAUUCCAACAAGACUGUAUGACACCUCUGUGUGGAGCCUUUUAAAUGCUUUUGUUUAUAAAAAAAUACCUUUUUUUCUGCGUCAAGGAGCAAGUCAUUUUCCAGCGAUUCACACGUGGAAAAAUAUUCCUCAACGUUUAGCAAAAUGCGGUCUUUUACGUUUGGUUCCAGUAGAAAUAGGAAGUAGUUAUUCUGAUAAGAAAUGGACGCAGCGUAUCAUGACUAUUCAAGACUAUAUUGAAAAUUUUCUGAUGGAGACCUCACCAACUAACGAAACUGAAAGUCUAGGAUACAUAGCUCAGCAUGCUAUGCUCGAUCAUAUGCCGGAACUUCAAGCAGAAUUGCUUGUUCCUGACGUCGUUGCUUGUGUAACCGAUAUCUCUAAUGUGAAACGUUUAUUAUGGAUUGGUCCAGAGGGAACGUUAAGUCCUUAUCAUACAGAUAGUUCUGAUAAUAUUUUUACACAAAUUGCUGGGUUUAAAAUUGUUUUUUUAAUUCCCUCACACUACACUGCAGAGGACAUGUACUGCCUUUCUAACUUAUUACAUAAUACAUCAAGCAUUCAUCCAAUGGAUAUAAUGAACCAUCCUGUUGAUUUAACAGUGUAUCCUAGGUAUCCUGCAAAAGAACAAAAAGUCUGUAUAUUAGGUCCAGGGGAUCAAUUAUAUAUUCCCCAAGGAUGGUGGCAUUGUGUUAAAUCUUUAACUAAAAGUGUUUCUUUUUCUGUUUGGUUUGAAUCCUGCAAGACGCCUUAAGUUAUCUCUUCGAUCUACACUUCUGAAAAAGAACAAGACUUUUCAUGAUAAACAUUAAGGAAAAUAAAAAAUUCACAGUCGCUACUUCAUCAAACGUUAUCAAUCUUAUUAUUACCUCAUAACAUUGAGAGUAUAAAACUCUGACAAUUGUGACGACCUUACGUUGAAAUUCUUUAAAGCUUUUUUCAAACGCCUAUUAAUUAAUUUAAAAAUUUGUAGCGUUUGACCGUAUUCCAUGUAUCACCUUUGAAACAGAGUUUUAGUUACAAAGUAUGAUUCUCCAUCACUUGAUAUGAAACUGCCUUACAUAGAUCUCUGAUGUUUACCAUUCAGGGAUACUGGUAACGUAUCGUCACAAAAAAAAAGCAUCAUCACUCUUGUCCAAACAAUAGUCCCUCUUAGAGUGUUUUUUCCGUACUAGUUAAACUUCUUCUCUUGGUGCUACGCAGGCUAAAGCUGAGAACAUUUAUGUGACAAUCCAUUCUAGCUUUUCGACUAAUACUAUGAAAUCAGCAAUUUUCAGACUUCUUCUUUCCAGGGGCAUGACUUUUUGUUUUUUCCUGUUCAAGUUGUAUCAAAGAAAAACUGCCUUCAAUGUUCAUUGAUAUCUUCAAUUGAUGUCCUAAUAUUAUGCGGCGUUACUUUGAUAUAGGUGUCAUCUUAAAAAUACACGCUUCACUAUUGUCCGAAAGUAUACCAUUCAUAAAUCUAUUUCUGUUCAUAUUUUUUUCUUCUUGUAAUUUGUUGAUUUAAUCAUUGAAUUGCACUAUUUCGAUUUGAUUUCAAUUUCCAAGCUAUCUAUUUUCUAACUGUAUGACUUACCAGAAACUAACGCCUUUCCCGCAUAGUCUUUACAUUAAAAAAUGCGACAUAUUCCUAUGAGUUACUGAAGGCUACAAAUGCAGCAAAGGAUUUUAGAUGCUACUAAACAUUAACAAUAUUGUGGAAUCCUAUUCAAAAUCAUAUAUUCCAUCCAUGUUAUAUCCAAUAGAGUAAUUGUAUCUUGUACGCUUGAAAAAAAUUUUAAACAAUACAUAAGUGAUUGUGACGUUGAUUGCGUUUUUUUAGAAACAAGGAGAGCAAUUGUCAACGCUUUUGUACGCAAAACACAACUUUUUUAUUAGACACAAAGAAAGAAUGCUUAUAACGAGGCAUCUUGAGCUAAAAAUUAAAUAUAACUCACUUGAUGAAAUAUGAUAACCAUAUUACAAAGGAAUUUUCGUUUUAAAAAUAAAAAUCUGUUUUACAUUUAGAAAAGUGUGUAUAACAUAAAAGGUUGCAUACAAAAUAUUGUAGCAUUGAUCUCCCGCUUAGAAUUUUUUUUUAAAUCUUUAAAAAAAUAUAUAAUUAGUAUAAAUGUUUUUUAACUCCCACCGAAAAGUUGCUGUUUCAUUGAGUAUAAGAAUAAGAGAAAAAAUUUUUAAAAACUUUUUUUUAUCCAAAAAUAAAAUCCUGUUAAAUACGAUUGCUUUAAAAUAAAAUAUUUUCUUAAAUCUUAUUUUGAAUUGCUGCAAAACCUUUAAAACAAAACAAGUCAUUCUUUUUUUUAUACAAAACAAAACCGAUCUCCAUCAUCUGCCGAAACUAAUGGUCCUGAUUUCAUUUUUCACACACUGAAAUUGUGAUUGUAUUCAUUAAAUUUUUUUUUUUAAUUUUUUUUUUGUUUUAUACAAAAAACUACCGAAUAUUAAAAUUGUGAUUCUCUUUUUGUAAUCUUGAGAAAAAAAAUAAAAAACAGGAAGGGCUAAAAUCAUGAGAAAAUCCGAAACCGAAUCCCGCACAUGUGGCCAAAACAAUAUAGGUUUUCGUCCAACUGUACCUCGAAAAAGUAAAACUACUCGUGCGUCCUUAGAAAUAAAUGAGAAAAAAAAAAACAAGUUGAAUACACCAUGUACGUCUGAAAAUCUUUUAAACAACUUACAAUUUAAGAAUAGCACUGACACGUGUUGUCAUUCAACUCAAAUCAGUACAAAAGACUUUACGACAAAAAAACGACAACGCGACAUACCUACUAUCGAAUUAAAAAAUAGGACUACGGGCUCUGGGAAAUUCCUUAACAGCUCAACGCAAUGGUGUGUUUUUCACGGCACAACAACGUUUUGUGUGGUUACUUCAACAUCACUUUUUUUCCCUUUUUGCACUAAGAAAAAACAUUUGUCCAGCUGUCUGCUUUGUUCAAAAUGUUGUACAAAGUUAGAAAAAUUUAUAAAUGAAGCGAAACGACAUAAUUGUACUAUUGAAAAAAUUGAUUACCCAGUAUGGUCAAAUGGAAAUAAAGAAAAAGAAUCCGAAAAAAUUCGACAUGUUCAAAAUAUUUCAAGGGAAGGUUUAGAUUCUACCCGGUUAUCUACCAAAUCGUCGUUUUUAAAAGAUCAAUUUAGAGUACAAGCACUGUGCGGGAAGCUUCAUCGCUUUUUAUUAACCGAAGCUCAUUUGACUAUGAAUCUUUGGUGCCCAUUCUGUAUAAUGAAUGAAAAAAACAUAUCGAAUGAGAAACAUCAAACCAAGCAAUGGACUAUGUCUCAACAGUUUAAUGCUCAGAAAUUACAAAAACAAUUAUUUGAAUCUGCUAAGUCAUCUUUUCUCCAAAAUGUGCAAAAAGAUUCACGAAAUUCAACUCUUCCACAAUGUAAUGUUUUACCUCCCAGCUUUACAAAACCUAUAGCAAGCCUUUCUAUGAAAUUUUUAAAGCCUUCUUUUUCAGUUAAUUCAAGAGGUUUAGUUUUUUUAUUUGAAAUAUUAAAGGAAUCUUUGUUUGUUGUGAUAUCAACUUAGAAGGUAGUUCGCUAAAUCUUUUACAGUGUGAGAAUGCGCAAAGAAAUAUAAUUCAUUCCCUUGCUAUUAAAGAUAUGGCUCUUUAUAAAAAUGUGACAUAUUUGCAAGCUUCUACAGUUAUUCGAAUUCGAAUGGCUGCUUCUAAUCCAGCAUCUAUUUUACAAAUUGCCGACACGAGCAGCGUAAAAGAUGUACAGGCCGCAUAUCGAAAGCUUGCUCGACUUGUUCAUCCCGACAAAAAUCCUCACCCUGAGGUAUAUGUGUAAAAAGAUUUUGUUGGUGUACUAUUCUUUUUUUCUUUGAAAUAAGAAAGGCCAACGCAGUUUUUCAUACGCUUCAAUGGGCCUGGCAAUCUUUGACGGAAUCAAAACGUUUUGCGUAACAUUUGUUUUUCUCAACACGUUUUUCGCUAAAAAUAGAUAUUUUUGGUACGAAGUGUGACCAACUUUAAAUGUCAGGAUUAUGUGUUGUAAAUGGAGAUGCUACCCCUAAACUAUUCAUUAUUCUUGAUGAAACGACACCCAAGCGACAAUCACAAAGACAUUUCCAACGCUCGCAGUUUCAUCGCGAGUGUCGCUAUAGAACGGCUUGAAGAGCGUACGACAAUCUUGAACCGUUUACCUUCUGUACACGUCCCAAAAACAAAAGCUGAUCGAACAGCUGUGGCGCAUCUUUUAGAAUUUUUUAUUUAAAAAAAUACAAUGUUUUGGAUUUGUUCACGAUAACUCAUAACACGAAGACUUGCGACUCCUUCACCUAAACAUCCUAAAAAUUGACUUGUUAAGGAUUUUAAAAUGGAUUCAAAUUGAUAAAGAUUGAGUUUCAAUUCAUUUGGCUCUCUAGGAGAGUCGAAAUAGUUAGACAAUAUCGCAGAGUACAUUACUUACAUUGUCAAAAGAAAAUAGUCAACUAACUCGAGUACGGAUAUAAUUUCUUUUGAAGAAUCCAAUUUUAUUGAACUCGUCAUAAAAAAAAAAGAUAGAGAAAGAGUUUGUUUGACACCCGUCCUUGUGAAGAAGUGAAAAUAUUUUUGUGAAUAGAACUGUUUUUCAGUGUUUUUUUCUUAUUUUAACAGUUUUUCUCUCUUAACUUGUUUUUUCCUUUCUUGCGAUGAACAAAAAAAGACAAUAAACAGUUCUUUACGAUUAUCA